UCAACGUCGUACGUGGCUACAGACAGACCCUAACAGUGUAAGAAGACUCCGCCAGGAAUGCAUCAGCAAAAUGCGGAGUCUACCGGUCAGCACGUCAAAAACAGUCCACGACGUUUUUGCACAUGAAGCUUGAGGAAGACAGCAUGGCAGAUAUCGAGUCCUCCUUUGAAUUUAGCUCAUCUUUGACCAGCUCUUCGCUGCCUCCCCCACGGACUCGAAUCUUUAAGAUCAUCGUGAUAGGAGACUCUGGAGUUGGCAAGACUUGCCUCACCUAUAGAUUCUGUGCAGGCAAGUUUCCAGAUAAAACUGAGGCCACUAUAGGGGUGGAUUUUCGAGAGAAGGUUAUUGAAAUAGACGGCGAGAAAAUCAAGGUCCAGUUGUGGGACACUGCAGGCCAGGAGCGCUUUCGAAAGAGUAUGGUACAGCACUAUUACCGCAACGUCCACGCUGUGGUGUUUGUCUACGAUGUCACCAAUGCUGCUAGUUUCCGAAGUCUUCCGCUGUGGAUCGAGGAGUGCCGUCAACAUGCCUUGGGCCAAGAGGUGCCUAGAAUCUUGGUCGGCAACAAAUGUGACCUGCGGCAUGCCGCUCAAGUAAGUACCGACGUAGCGCAGCAGUUCGCUGAUGCACACUCAAUGCCUCUGUUUGAGACCUCUGCCAAGAACCCCUACGGAAACGAUGACGGUGGUCGGAAUAAUAGUGACCACGUAGAGGCCAUUUUCAUGACGGUGGCGCACAAGCUGAAAUCUCAGAAGCCGCUGGUGUUAAGCCAACCACCAUCAGGAGAUACUGUCACUCUCAGGCAGGACGAGGAGGACAGGGGAACUUGGGGCUGUGGAUGUUGGAAGAGCUAAUGAAUGAAUCACCCCUUACAGGAUGGAGAUGACAAAGGUGAAGCACCUUUAAAGAAGCAGAUUCACAGAUGCUUUAGUGUUAUCUGUGAAGGUCCAGGGGAAGGGUUGAGGACACAGGAGCAUCUUUUCUCAAGAUUUCUUUUUGUAUCUGAUCUGGCCAUUAUUUUAAAGGGAAGAAAACUUUCCUCCAUCACUUAAACAAGAGGCUUUGAGAAGUUGCAUGUAGGCCUAUUUGCUUACAUAUACCAGCUUCAUCUAUUAUGUGUCAGCCUGUCUAGUUCACAUCAUAUGCCACUGCCAAACAUGCACUACAUUUUCCAGCUAGAUUUAGUCAGUUCUGCAGGUGAAUUGAACAGUGAAACCUUCAUGCGUAAUAUGUUGCCUUUUUCAUCAGAUUUUUUAAACAAUGUUUGCCACAAUUAGAUAAACUGUUCUGUUAAAUCACUUCAGCCUCCGAAGUAAAUCGGGUUUAGACUGUGUGUUUGUUGUUUGUUCUCUCAUUCUGUGUCACCCACACACAUGCAGACACUUCCUGUGAAAGUUGUCAGUUCUCUCAAGAGAAAAGAGAAACUGGUGAACAAUCACUAAAUGCAGGUUAUUUAUAAGUGCUGCUAAUAGAUCUUAGACAAAUGUUAGCUGAAUUAAAAGGUAAAAUAAAUCUGAUAUACAAUAAUAUAAAAAAAAGCCAGUCCUAGUCCACUGCCAGUGUUUUAUUUAUUGCCAAUUUAGUUUCUUCUAGCAGCCAAUCAUCUAUAUAAAAUACUGUACAUACAAGACAUCUGGGUUAUGCAUGAUAAUCAGUCCUUCCUGUGAAUCAUGUCAAAAUGUAGUAAAGUUAGGUAAAAAGGGACAAGAAUUCGCUGACAAUAUUUACUUUAGUAUCUACAGCCAGGAAUUGUAUGUAGUACUGCUUUGUUAGGCAAAAUUAAAGUGAUCUGUACUGUAUAAUCACAGAUUAGUACCUCAUAUUAUUCAUGGCAUCUGCUCUGUGCAUGCAUGGCAUAAAUCUGAACAAAAGCUCUGAUAUCAGUCUAUAUUUCAGUAUGUAAUCUGUAAGUACAAAUAUACAGAUAUGCUAAUGACUAAAUUGUCUUUCCCUUCGGCAAUCUUCUUUCCAACACUGAUAUGCAGAACAGAGUUCAGUCCAUUACAGGGAAUAUUCACACAUAACUUGAUGUAACCACAGCUGGUCCUGUGGAGUGCAUGAAGGAAGCUCAGGCAUGACAUGCUUUCUUUGUUUUAUAGUGAAUUGCCAAAAAGAGGUUUUGCUUAUGAUUUCUGCUUAUUUUUUUUUUUAAAGUAGGUUGGUUGAGGGCCUGGUUAGCUGAUGCAUUGCGUUGUUUGAUUCAGGUACAAUAAUAGGGGGGAGCAUGUGAUUAGUUGAGGAAUUGUGCACGGUUAAUGAUGGCUCUUAAAUAUUUAAAUGCAACAUGUUGAAAUGCACACUAAGACUUGUCUAUUUGUGCUUAACGUUUUGACUCUGGGUGCUUACAGAAGGUUCAUAUCUAAUCUCUCUGCCAGAAAGAACAUGAGCUUUGAUGAUUUUUGUAGGUUCAUGUUGAACUGGUCUUGAUAAAAACAUACUCUUGGUCUAGAUUCUAUCCACUGUUUUCUUUCGCUUCACCCAAUGUACCAUUUUAAGUGUCAUUCAGAAUUUGCUUUUUUCUGUCUUUAUUAACACAUUAAUAAUAUAGUUAAUGUAAAAUAUGAGUAGAUCUCAAAAAUCUACAAAACGGCUUGACAAUUCUAAUUGCAGAAAACGUAUUGAAUAUUAUUAACAUGUUUAAGUGUUACAUUUUUAUUGUAGGUAAUUGUUUAUUAUUCUUGGGAUAAUUAUGCAUCUUUGCGACCAAAGUGUAUGAGUAAGUUCUUGAUAUCAGGGGUCAGCAGUUGAUAAAAUAGCACCUUGCAAUGCCAGAACUCAAGCAUGCACAACAUAUCUUUAUUAGUCACUUGUCUGAUACAACUCAUGCCUUCAAUGUUGGUCAGUGAGUUAGAGUGACAUAGUUUUGGGAAAAUAAACAAACCAUCAAUGCACUAUAUUCAAAGGAGUGCAAAAGAUCAAUGCUUGUUGCCGUUUUGGUUUUAACUGUUUCAGUGUUUUACUAAAAGAAAUAAAGUACCACAUCUUUGACUUUCA